CCAUGUUUCUGGACUUCUACAGUUCAAUGGACUGGGAUGAAAUUAACAAACAACUAUAACGCCACCUGGAUUCUUCAUAUGAUGAGAUGCUUAGCUGGGCGCCUCUUCCGUUUACGCCUUGUCAUCGUUUUUCUCUUUGUUGCUGCCUUGGCAAUUCUUCGCAUUAUGUGGAAGCUACCCUAUUAUGACAUAUCCCAUUUGAACGACUUCAGAACUUUUCGUCAUCAGUGGUGUAGAAUGCAUGAAUGGCGUGUAGACUGGGAAGGAAUGGUCAAACCGUGUGAGAACCGAGUUGCCUGGACCCGAAGAGAAAUAAACUCAGAGUUGAGGAGUGAUGCGUGGAGAAGUUUUAUUACAAAAUGGGAGAUACUUCCUGCAGGUCAAUUCAGUCGUUUUUUUAUUCAAUCCGUGACGAAAAAUGGCCACAUAAAAAGCUUUGGGGGUGAUGCAUGGCGAGUAUACAUCAAACAAGGCCCGGCAUCAAUUGCGCCGCAAGUCUGGGACCUCGACAACGGCAUGUACGAGGUGGUGUUCUUAGCAAUGGAACCUGGCAACUACUCCGCCCAGAUAACGCUGGAUUUCACUUUAUGUGAUGGUUUGCGGGAUCCACCGGUGGAUUGGUUUAUUAUAGGAACGGUUCAAGGAAAGUAUCAACCAGAUGGUGUCUUGGGAUUCAUUGGCGAUGACUACAUCCUACAGCCUCUAAGUGGACAAAAAACAUUCAGUUUUUUUGUUCCGUGGAGUGGCGCUCUCACCCCUGAUGCUUUUGUCACACCAUCCUGCAUUGUUGACUCUUCAAAAAAUUUGGCUAAAAGUUGUGGGAUUAAGUGUAACUUUGUGCAGAAUGGAUUCGGUAGAUGGGUUAACAGAGAGUGGUUGCCGUACGUAACAGAUAUCGAAACCGCAACAGGAAAAGGAAACUCAGUAACACAGGCCGAUACUUUGUGGAUAUAUGGUGAUUCUGUCAGUCAAAGAUUUUUAAAUUCCCUUAAAUCGAGAGGAAUUUGUCAAGAAAAUUUCAAAAAGUGCAUCAGUUCCUACAUGUGGAUAUAUGAGCUGACAAGUGAAAAAGAAGCAAAGACAAAGUUCGAGCCGAAUGACUUUGACGAGACAAUUAUCCUGCAACAUAUGAGUGAGAUUCUCAACUCUUCAGACUUAAAGACACAAGACAGUGUGUUUCUCUUCAAUCUUGGUGUUCAUUACUCCGUAUCACUUAACUUCACAACUUACAGACGCCUUAUAGACAAUGUAGUGAAACUUGUAAAGAAGAAGUUAGAUAACACAAUGGAAAACAUGCCCAUCCUAAUUUGGAAGACGACCACCUCUAUAGAAAAGGAAAUGGUUCACAAAAUGUAUGCAGAGCUGCCUAGGAACAAAACCCAUUGGAGAUUUCAUACGCAUCAGAGACUUGAGUUGUUCCACAAGUAUGCAGUUAGUCGCAUGUGCAAGGCUGGUAUCCCUGUGUUAGAUGUGUAUUCCAUGACCGCCUCAUACCCUAAUGGUACGUUAGAUCAUGUGCACUACAACGAAGAAGCGCAGAGAGCAGCGGAGGACCAGUUGAUAGCAUUUGUUAGCCAGGAAAUAAAAAAAAAAAAGACGGAGGAAUCCCGAAGGACUUGGCCUUAA